ACUCUCAAAAAGUAAAGAAAAUGUGAGAAAUUUUCACCUCGUUAGUAGAUUUAAAUAUGAAAUUUCAGUCUCGCGUAUUCGAUUCAAAUGAAUGGAACUUAGUGGAAAAUGAUGUGAAGUGAUUAAACGAGGAAAUUCAACAAAGAAAAUUAGGAUCAAAUGGCGCGAGUUAAAAGUUUUUUAGGAUGUUGUCAACUUGAAACUGGUGGUCUCUGUCUCGGAUGGUUUUUCUUUAUUUUAUUUUUUAUUUUAACAACACUUCUUGUUGUUUUUGGAGGAAGAUCAAUUUAUGCAAAUCCACAUCCACUUCAUACCCUGAUAUGGCUCGAUAUCAUUAUCUUUUGGAUUAUUGUAAUUUACUCCUCUUGGUUAAUGGUGCAAGGAAUUAAAACUAAAAAUCCAAGCAAAAUUCAACCUUUUCGCAUCAUCUUCAUAGCUGCAACUAUCUUGCUUUUGUUAGAUUUAAUCUAUUUCAUUUACAAGAUCAACUUUAAGAAGAAAGAUCCUCAAAGUAUAAUUAAGACGGAACAGGAUAUUUUUCAAUUAAUUGAGCAAGACUUUAAGGCUGUGAGAAUCUUGGUUAGUCUACUGCUUUUAAUUAUGUCAAUCUACAUUUAUGUCUUUGUUGACUCACUACAUAAAUGUGUGAGGGAGUCAAGAACUCGCUAUUAUGUCGUGGCCAAGGUUUGACCAGAAAGUUCCCUUGAAAAAAGUAAGCGGAAGUCUUUAAAUUUAAAAUUUCUAUACUGAUCUAUUUUUGGUUCAUAAUUUAAAGCGUUUUCGCUGUUGUUGGCACAGAGACAUGUUUUCUUUGGUCGCAAAAUUUUAAUUUAAUUCCAUUUGUCAACUCUUUAUGUGUUUUAACAAUAACAUCAUUCCGAAAAUUUCAAACCUGAUGUUGUAGGCCCGAACAAGAUUACGCACAGAUAAAGAAAAUUAAAUAAAAUUUAAAUCUUUGUAUACAAAACUUUAAAUGUUUUCUUUGUUCAAUAUGAAAAUCUUCAACUUCGUUUUUUAAUUUUCUUUUUUUUGUUUGCUUUGAAACUAUUUUUGAAAAUAUUCGCGUUGGGUAUUAAGGUGAGAAGUUUUCUAUUUUCCUCUCGAUUUUUUCUCAAUUUUCAUGCGAAUUUCCUCAAACGCUUUUCUUUUGUUUUUCAUAAUUAGUCGGAAAUUUAAAAACGAAUUAAGCUGUUGAUAAAAAAUCUCUCACAUUUUUCAACUGGUGGAUGAUUUUUAUAAAAAAUGUCGACUAAAUCUUUUUUUAUAAGUUUCUAAUCCAAGUUCAAUGGCGAUUAAAGAAGAUUAAAGAUUAUCAGAAAAAAUAUGUUGAUCUAAAAAUAAAAGCAAUUUUGAUAUUUUUGUGACACUCUGAAGUGUUUCUUUUAUCUAUCAACGGUGUUCUGUGAUUUUUUUUCCCACGAGAUUAGUUGAUAAUUCGUUGAAAGUUACUUGACAUUAUCAUCAAAGAUCCCCUCUCAACAAAGAAUUCAAACGUUUAUUGUUUUAAUAUGAUACGAUUACACAAAUUUCUGUGUUGUCUCAAGCUUGAAAUUGGUGGAUAUUUGAUUGGUUGGAUAAAUUUAUUCGCUUCACUUUUAG